AACUUCCAAACGCUUGAUCAUAUUACGCUGAAGUUUCAGCACUGGAACGGUUCUACUUCCGGUUCACGUGAUGCAUCCUCUGUUUACGCACCCGGGAGUUGCUGUUCUUGUUCUUUCGUUUUCCCUUCUUCUAACCAAACGAGCUCCUUCAGAGCGUUUUCUUUGGAUGCGACAAAUUACUACUGACUGGAGGCCAACGCAAUCCUCAACAUCAAGUCAAAGAGUCGAACGUGGAAAAUGAGAAGAAAUCCAGGUCACGACGAACAAGUGAAAAAAAAAAUGAAGAUGCGGUGCCCACCUUACACGCGCAGCCACCUAAAUGUCCCGAGAUAUCAAGAAAAAGGACGAUGACUGGCUCUGAUGAGACCACCCCACCACCCAGGCAAAGCAAAGGAGGGAACUGGCCAGAAGUUCCGCAGACAACACUUUAGAAGAUUUACACCCUGAGAAGCACGGUCCUCUCCACGUUAAACAGGAAGAGGAGUCUGACAUGCUGUGGCUCAAACAGGAGGCGGAGCCAGAGACCCCUGACAUUAAAGAAGAAAAACAGGAAGCUGAAAUCCCCAAGUUUCCAAUGGGUGUCGGUGUAAAGAGUGAAGAAGACAAAGGUCCAAGCGAUGACAGCGGAGCAGCGAAACCCUCGAGCGACAGCUCAUUUCAGCGUGUGACAACAAAAGGAGAGGGAAGAUCGCAACCGGACGGCCUCUUAGCUCUGUUUUCAGACAGCGAUGACGUAACAUCACAUUCUUCUGACUUUAAUACUGAUGGGGAGGAGGAGGAUGACUUUGACCAAAAUGCUUCAAAAUCCUUAGACAAGUCACGAUUGAAAAGAGACGCAAAAGAAGGUGCGGUUGGGAAACCUUUUUCCUGCUCACUUUGUGAUAAAACAUUUCCUUGCAAAUGCAACUUAAAGGCACACAUGCGCACUCACACUGGAGAGAAGCCUUUUGCCUGCACUGCAACCACCAGAGUGAGUUGGACACUGGAGAGUGCAGAAAUGGCUAAGUUUUUUACCAAAGACAAAGCCCUUCAAGCAAUUUUGGCAACCGACACCGAAGACGAUUGCGGUUCUGAGUCGUCGGGGGAGUAUUCGCCCGAUUGUCAACCUGAUGCUGAUGACAACAUCGAGGAGGACAACUCCGAUUGGGAAGAAGAGGAGGGAGCCCCGGAUGAUGCUGCGGAAGCGGUCGGGCAGGACCAGGAUCCAUCGGACAGUGGCGAUCAUACGGUAUGGAGCUCGAAAAAUAAAAAAGUGAUGUGGCAUCCAACCAACGAAGUGGCUAGACAAUAUGUCCCUGUACAAAUACCCACACCUGGCCCCACGUCGUAUGCAGUAGCCAGGAUCAGGAGCCCGGAGACAGCGUUUGCAUUGUUUGUGGAUAAGAAGAUCGUCGCGAAAAUAGUCAAAAUGACCAACCUCCAAGGGCUCAGAACGAUCAAGAACUGGUCUCCCCUCACGCCCCAAGAGCUGCGGGCGUAUAUCGGGCUCCUGAUCCUGGCUGGAAUUUACCGGUCCAGGCAUGAAGCGACGAGCAGCUUGUGGGGCGCCAAGACCGGGCGUCCGAUGUUCUCCGACGCAAUGGCUCAUCGGAGGUUUAUGGAGAUCAACCGAAUGCUACGUUUCGACGAUAAGCUGCUUAGACCACAGCGGCACCAUGCGAACAAACUGUCGCCGAUAUCAGAUUUGUGGAACAGCUGGAAUUUCCGGCUGCAGAAAAUGUUCAACGUGGGACGUGACGUGUGCGUGGACGAUCAGCUAAUUGCCUUUACAGGACGCUGCAGCUUCAAACAGUAUAUGCCGUCAAAGCCCGCAAAGUAUGGCAUAAAAAUUUGGGCACUCUGUGACGCUCGAACCUCCUACGCAUUGAAGCUAAAGGUCUACACCGGCAAGCCUCCACGGGACACGCGUGAACACAAUGUAGGAAUGCGUGUGGUGCUGGGACUCACUGACGCGCUGGAAGGGCACACAAUAACAGUGGGCAACUUUUUCACAUCAAUACACCUUGCAGCAGAACUAAAAAAAAAAAGAAACUCACUUGUGGGUACUAUAAAGAGGAACAAGCCGGAGCUCCCUGCACAAGUGACACAAACAACAGGAAGGCAGCCCCUCUCGAGCAUUUUCUGCUUCACCAAAGACAUGGCUUUGGUUUCAUACAUCCCCAAAAAAGGGAAAAAUGUGCUGGUGCUCAGCACAGUUCACAAGGAGCCUAAAGUGGAGGACGAGGGCAAAAGAAAACCCGAAAUGAUAUUGGAUUACAAUAAAUCUAAGGUAGCAGUGGACCACCUGGACCAGGCGUGUGGCACAUACUCAACUCGCCGGCGAGCACAACGGUGGCCAAUGCGCCUUUUCUACCACAUGCUGGACAUUUCGGCCUUCAAUGCCUUUUUGCUGUACACCUCUGUGAACCCGGGUUGGAACGCCAACAAACUUUACAGAAGAAGGCUGUUCCUCGAGGAGGUCGGCAAUGCGUUGAUCAUGCCAGAGGUUCAUCGGAGAAAGCCACAGACCGCUGCAGUGGAGCAAGAAGAGGCCACUCCUUCGCCUAGGCGAAAACAAUGUGGCCUCUGCACAAACAAACUCAUUGCAUCCAAUGCAUGUGAAAACUGUGGUACCCCCAUUUGCCGCAAACACAUGAGGAGCAUCUGCAAAAACUGCUGAAAAAAAAAAAAAGUUUUGAAAAGUGUUCGUUGUUCUUGUUUUGAAAAGUGUUCGUUGUUCUUGUUCUGAAAAGUGUUUGUUCUUGUUCAGUAUUUGGUGGUGGAUUAUUACUUUAUAUAAAUUCUGUUAUGAAUUCUUCAUAGUUGUUGUCACUUAUAUGUUAUAGGUUAUAUGUGUAUGGAUAGCUCUGAUGCCACUGAACAUUUUCAGUGGUUGAAAGUAAAAAAAUAUAAAUGACUUAGUUAUCACGUCUCAAAACAUUUACAAUUAUUUUAAAAAUUGUGUGUUUAGGGGUGUUAUACACAAAAAUGGCCAUUGCCAAAAAUAGGCAUGCAAAUAGGCAUUUUUUGUUUUUGUUAUAACUCAUUGACCUUUUCAAGGCUCUAAUUGUGUGAUAUGAAAUUUUCCAAUUCACCUUAUAUGCAGCAUAGUUUGUUUUGGUCAUAGCACAGUACUGCUUUUAUUGUCCAUAGAGGGCAAAAAAUACAAAUAAAAACUAUAUGCGUAUGGAUAGCUCUGACGCCAGUGAACAUUUUGAGUGGUUGGAAGUAAAAAAAAAUAUUCAGAAAUGACUUAGUUAUCGCUACUCAAAACAUUUACAAUUAUUGUAGAACAAUUGUAUGUUUAGAGGUAUUAUAAAAACGUACAUAAAUACAUAAAUAUUGAAAUAUGAAUUAAAAUGUAAAGUGAAAUAUAUAAAUAAAAAUUUGAAUAAUUGAACAUUUAAAUAAAGCAAAUUGAAAUUGCAUAAAUAUUGAAAUUUAAGCUUUUUCAUGGCACAUUUAAUGAUUUAAUUUCAUAUUCAACAGUCACUUGGGGACAUAGCU